UAUCUAGAAGAUCGCGGAAUCUCAACGACCGGCUACUUAAAGAGCGGUCUGGUCGAGCUAGCAGUCGCUGCAGACAAAAUUCAUGUUCCCAGACUCGAAAGAAAAACGGCGGACAUCGACAGCGACUACAUCGCCAUUGAAGACGACGUUGUUAUCCCAAAUCCAUUUACAUUGAAAGCAGUGAAUGAUUUUAUGGACUGUCCACCUUUUGGACUCUAUGACAUUUUUAACCAUCUCAUUCAUCACUCAUGCGAAUACGAUAAGCAAGGCCUCGCAUCAUACAAAUCGUUUGAUGAUUAUCGACUUUUUGAAGAUGGAUACGUUGUAUCCUUGCUUAAGACUAUUCUGAAGAAUGAGGGUAUCCAUGUUGUCAURGGGAAAGUUCUUCCAUCAAUGAYAGAAAAGACGAAGGAAGGGAAGGAACAUUAUGACCUUUGGUUCGCUUUAGAAGGCAGAGGAAAGAGAAGAGYUAGUGUUUUACAMGCUCGUUGUCGAUGUUUGGGAGGGCGCGAUGGAGGUUGCAAACACAUUGCUGCAGCAAUGUACUCACUUGAUGAUCUACUGAAUAACAGAAAAASGGAGAGRGUGACAAGUGGUCCUUGCCUUUGGGUAAAAAGACCGAAGGCAGAAACCAAACCAMCAGAAAUAAAAGAUCUAGUGAUCAAGAAAAGCAAGAUUGUACCAGCAUGCAAAAGAAAACGUGUGCGCCCGUACGAGCAAAAUAUUGAAGACGUAGAUGUUAGACACGAUUUGGAUAAAACUCCACGAGACGUAACAUCGAUGGAAAAGUUCACAUUAAAAAUGUGUAAGCUCAACCAUGUGCCUGCAGUGUUACCUCUGUUUCGGCACCUUUACCUUAAUGAAGUUAAUUAUCAGAAAACCACUGAGAAUGAAACACAGCAGGUAGAUUAUAAACUUAAKAGCCCCAACCUACUUGAUGAAAAAAUCAAACAAAUAAUAAACAAUCGAGGACAAGACAUCGAUCCAUCAAACAUUCUAAGCUUACUAAAUAUCUCUAGAAGUGAGAUUGAAAGUGUGGAAAUGAGAACAAGGGAUCAGUGGAAAUGUAGUGAGUGGUAUGAAUCUAAGAUAGGGUUCAUAACUGCAUCCAAAUGCCACAGAGUCUUUACAAGGCAAAUAUCACUAGAAAACGAUAGCACACAGAGUGCAUGUGCAUUGAUAAGGGAGCUAUGUAUAUGUAGACCUCCUGUGAACAUGCUGUCGUUUGAGAAGGAACACCCGGAAAAUGCUAGGGAUUGGGGUUUAUAUCAUGAGAAAACUGCCAGAAAGAAUUAUGUGAGAAUUGAAAGCCACAACCACCACAAAUUGCAGCUGCUCAGUAAAGGUUUUCUCAUUUCUGAAAAAAAGCCAUUCCUUGGUGCCAGUGUUGACAAUAUUCAGACAUGCGAUUGUGCAGAUAUGUGUUCUGAUUGUGUUAUUGAAUUCAAGUGCCCAUGGAAGCAUAAAAACAUGCACCCAAAAGAAGCAUUUUUAACACCAGAAAUUGGAGGAAUUGUUGUUGAUGGGUCAUAUGUUUUGAAGCCCACCUCGAAAUACUACUUUCAAGUACAGCUACAAAUGUUUGUAACUGGACUUCAUUUUUGUGCUUUUGUUGUGUGGACAACUCUUGGGAUAUUCACCACCAGAGUAAUUUAUGAUGAAGCAUUCAUGCUAAACGUAUGCAGAAAACUGGAAGCAUUCUGGGUUGGAAAUGUAGCACCCUAUCUCAUAUCCAAACAUCUACCCAUUAAAGCUUUGAGACAAGAGCGCUUUGUUGUACUUGGUCUUCUGUCGGUUACUGAUUUCCUUAGUGGUCUUGUAAYCCAGCCCCUUCUUGUUGGAAAAGAACUGUACCAUUUAACGAACAAACAAGUGAACUGUGACCUCGAUGGCGCUUUUUACCUCAGUGGUACGUUAUUAUCGUCUGCUUCGUUAUGUCAGUUAGCCUGCGUUACGUAUGAGAGGUACGUUGGUAUAACGGAUCCACUGAACUAUCACGCAMCRCGUCGCAUCACCWUAUCCAAACUASUUUGCGUAGCAGUAGUGAAUUGGCUCGUCCAUGUCAUCGUGAUUMUAGUUUACGGAACAACACUCUUAAUUCAAUACACCAUCAUCGCCAUCCUUAUCCUUGCKAUUGUGCUUAUAUUUUGCAUUUUUUAUUGGUAUAUUAAGAUUUUUAGAAUAUUGAAAAGGCAUCASCGAGAAAUACUAGCACAGCAUCGCAGUGUGCAASCUGAAUCUGACUUGAUCAGACAUCUAAAGGAUCGAAAGUCAGCCAGUACGGCYGCGUGUCUUGUAGUGGCUUUUGGUSUGAGCUUCUUGCCAAUCAUCACCAUCACAAUCAUCUCUUUCGUUAAAACGUACGAUGGUUCAGAUGUCAGAGGACCUUCUUUCUUUGCWCUUGARCCAUGGAUUGACAUAUGCGUGCACUUAAACUCCCUAUUCAGUCCUCUUAUUUUCGGAUUCCGAACUUCCGAAUUUAAAAGAUUUUUCCGAACCCUUUGUGGUUGUCGGUCGCAUAAUAGUGUUGCCCCUCAGGCAUUCGUAUUGGGAGUAGAGCUGCAUGAAACGAGAUCUAUACCAAACAAUAACCAUACCUCUACCCAUUUYGUACCUCUGAACACGCCCAUGCAAAUUGAUAACCGUGUGAAUGCAGGUACAUGAAAAGAGAUUAGACAGAAUUGAUCAAUAAUUAAAGACACCAAAGCCUGUAACAUACUUGAAUCUAAUAUAGCAUGAAUGCAAUGUGUCUAUGAAUCGGAGUAUAUGACUUAACAAGCGCAAUGAUUGUUACAAUUUUCACAUUUACGAAAAUUUUGUACWGGAUGAUUGGAACUUUGCAAGUAAACUAAAUCGACCUACAGAGAAAUGCGACUAGUGCAGCCCUUGGGUAUAUAUAUAGAAGUAAAGGAAAGGAUCG